AUGGCUCGCCUGAUCUUCCUCGCCCUGGCUGUGCUGGGCAUUGUCCAGAAGCCGUGGUUCAUGGAUGAUCACGUGGAUGAUGACGGGAACGAGCAAAUGCAGCAGCAUGCAGAGCAGCUGAUUGAAGGCAUGGCUCAGCUGCUGCAAGAGAUGGAGGAGAGGAGCCAGGAGCAGAGCGGGGUGGCCCUGGGAGCUCUGCUCUUCACUGCAUUGCAGCAGUGGCAGCUCUGGGCUUUGGUUGAGCUCCUUGUCCUGAUCUUUGGGCUCUGCCGCUGGCUGAGGAAACGGAGCUGUGAGACGGGCAGCAGCAGCGAACGAAGCAGCUCUACAAGGAAGGAGGAGGACAACGAGGGCACAGACGAAGACAGUGACUCUGAUGACAGCUGGGAUCUGGGCAGAGUUUGGGCCGAUCACACCCAGUGGCCGGCGCCGUACAUGGCUGACAAGUGCAAGGUGGUGGAGGAGCUGGUGGAGGAACUUCUUGGUGCCUGCCGAGGGCUCUCCCGGAACUGUCUCUUCAACCCACGGCUGCAGCCGGCCAUCGGCGUGGGCUGCCUCUACGAAGGCUGGAGUGCCCGGGAGGACAACGUCCUUUACCGCCUGCUCGUGCCCCUGAGGCCUCCCCCUGGGCACGCCUUCCACCCGGAGCUGGGUGCAGAAGGGGAGACGGCAGCGAAGAACCCAGGCCUGCGUGUGGAGCUGGAGUGCACCUGUGCGAGGGAGCGGCUGGUGGGGGACAUAAUGUGCUUCCUCCACCACCCCGAGGACGAGCUGAGGAGAAGACAGGAGCCCAGCCUGCUGCGCACCCUCUGCACCGGCUCCUACCUGGAUGUGGAGAAAACCACCCGCUGGUUCCAGGCCUUGGUGAAAGCAGCCUGGGAGCUUCUGCCGCAGUCACGCCACUGCCGCCUGACGGUGCUGCCCUCCCGCCGCUCCUGCAAGAUCAAGCUGUCCAGCGCCUCCGAGAGCACCCUCUCCAUCGAGUUCACACUUGGGGUGCAGAUAGAAGACUCGGACUCCUUCCUGAGCCUGGAGUAG